AUGGCCACCUCCGCGUCCGUGCUCACCCUUCCCCGCCUCUCCAUCUCCCCAACAAUGCCACCGCGGGCGUCGCCAACCACGACGAUGAUGAGGAGGACCAGGCCCCUCCGCGCCGCGUGCGCCUACACGCUCCAGGAGGGCCAGUCCCGCCGCUCCCACCGCCUGCCCUGCGGCCUCGACCUCGAGGUCAUAGCCCAGCAACCGCCUUCUCCGCCCUCGACCCCGGGAAGGAGCGAGCGGCCGCCGCUGGUGUUCGUGCACGGGAGCUUCCACGCGGCCUGGUGCUGGGCGGAGCGCUGGCUGCCCUUCUUCUCGCGCGCCGGAUACCCCUGCUUCGCCCUCAGCCUCCGCGCACAGGGUGAAAGCAGCAUUCCAUCUGACACAGUGGCUGGCACGCUUGAGACACAUACUGGCGAUAUUGCUGAUUUCAUCCGAAAGGAGGUCCCUGUCCCACCUAUACUAAUUGGACAUUCAUUUGGAGGCUUGAUUGUGCAGCAAUAUAUGUCAUGCCUACAAGUUACGAAAUACAGCUAUAUCAAAAUACUUUUGAAUACAAAUCCAAAGGUAUCAAUUAUGUAUCACAUAAUGCGCAUACUGUUGAACCAAUUGUUAAUUGCUAAUCAAAGUGGAUUAGUAUGGCGUUACCUUUUGACUAAACCAAUUGCUGCUAUCAAGUUUAGCAUUUACUCUAUCACCUGUGGUGGGUGUUAUACUCUGUUUUUACUUGCCAGCUCGCAAUUCAAGGUUACACUCAGCUUGGCUGCAAAAGCAUAUGCAAAUUCAUUGCCUCUCUGCAAAGAAACAUUUUUCUCAUCACAAAUGGAUGAUGAACUUGUCCUGAGGUACCAAAAUCUAAUGAAGGAAAGCUCAAAGUUGCCACUAUUUGACUUGAGGAAGCUCAAUGCAUCAUUGCCUGUACCUUCUGCCACAGAUGGUACAUUAGAAAUCCUUGUCAUGGGUGCAAGCAAUGAUUUCAUUGUUGAUGCGGAAGGGCUUUCUGAAACUGCAAGAUUUUACAACGUGCAACCUGUCUGUGUGGAAGGGGUAGCACAUGAUAUGAUGUUAGAUUGCUCGUGGGAGAAAGGAGCUGCGAUAAUCCUAUCUUGGUUAGAUAAACUGGCACCAAGAUCAGCCUAG